UAAUAAUUUAACAAAAAGGAAAUUAAGGAGAGAGAUGAAAGAGAACAUCUUGAUUCUAAUUUACCCCGUCUUUUGUUUUUCUUUUCUUCUUUUUCUUCUCCAUAUCUCUCUCUCCCCUGCUGUUGAGUUGGUUGGGAGCUAUUCGAGAAUUUCUUGGAGCACUUGAACGUGAAAAAUGGCUCGUAAGAAGAUCAGAGAGUACGAUUCCAAAAGGCUUCUCAAGGAGCACUUGAUGAGACUCGCUCGGAUUGACCUCCAGAUCUGCUCUGCUCAGAUUGUACAAGAUGUGAUCCAAAUUUAUACUUCAUUCAUGCAAUCACCAAGAGGCGACAUAGAAGCAAAGAGGCGACGGCGACCCAGCCAUUCCCUUCCGGUGACAGCGACCCAGCCAUUCCCUUCCAGCGACGGCGACGGCGACGAAAGGAGUUCUGAGAUCAGCAAGCAUCUAUUUUCGUCCCCUGCAUAUCAGCCAUACCUAGCAACCAAGCAACUUGUAAAUGAGGCUACAAACUUCCCAGAGUUGACAAACAAAGAACCAUGGCUUUCAUCGACAAAAUUGGUUGUAAAACCUGACAUGUUGUUUGGCAAGCGAGGGAAGAGUGGAUUGGUAGCGUUGAAUUUAGAUCUAGCUCAAGUUGCUGACUUUGUGAAAGCCCGCCUUGGUGUGGAGGUUGAGAUGGGUGGUUGCAAGGCACCAAUUACCACAUUCAUUGUCGAACCAUUUGUUCCCCAUGACCAAGAAUAUUACCUUUCCAUUGUAUCUGAUAGGCUCGGUUGUACCAUUAGCUUUUCAGAAUGUGGAGGUAUUGAAAUUGAAGAGAAUUGGGACAAGGUCAAAACUAUCUCUCUUCCAACUGAGAAACCUAUGACAUUGGAGGCAUGUGCGCCUUUGAUUGCCACACUUCCAUUGGAGGUUCGAGGGAAAAUAGGAGAUUUCAUACUGGGUGUAUUUGCUGUAUUCCAAGAUCUGGAUUUCAGUUUCCUUGAGAUGAAUCCCUUUACCCUGGUGAAUGGAGAGCCAUACCCAUUGGAUAUGAGGGGAGAGUUGGAUGACACUGCUGCCUUUAAGAACUUUAAGAAGUGGGGCGACAUAGAGUUUCCUCUUCCCUUUGGAAGAGUUCUAAGUCCUACAGAAAGCUUCAUUCACUCAUUGGAUGAAAAGACUAGUGCAUCUCUCAAAUUUACUGUCUUGAACCCAAAAGGACGCAUUUGGACAAUGGUGGCUGGAGGUGGUGCUAGCGUGAUAUAUGCUGAUACAGUUGGAGAUUUGGGUUAUGCAUCGGAACUUGGUAACUAUGCAGAGUAUAGUGGAGCUCCAAAUGAGGAUGAAGUGCUGCAAUAUGCCAGAGUCGUUAUUGAUUGUGCCACUGCAGACCCUGAUGGUCGUAAGAGAGCCCUUCUAAUUGGAGGAGGUAUUGCUAAUUUCACCGACGUUGCUGCUACUUUCAAUGGGAUUAUUCGAGCCCUCAGAGAGAAGGAAUCCAAGUUAAAAGCAUCAAGAAUGCACAUCUAUGUUCGAAGAGGUGGUCCCAACUAUCAGACUGGGUUGGCAAAGAUGCGUGCCUUGGGAGAGGAACUGGGAGUUCCCCUUGAGGUUUAUGGACCAGAGGCUACAAUGACUGGCAUUUGCAAGCAAGCAAUUGAUUGCAUCAUGUCUGCAGCAUAGUCCCCUUGCCAAUUUUCUUGUCCCCUUCAUCAAUCUGGGAAAAUAAUCCAGUGUGAGGCUUCUUUGAAGGCAUAUGUUCAAUUAGACGGUUUUUAGGUCCUAAUUUCUCUUUCUGUUCUUAUUAAAAAAAAAAAAAAAAAAAGAGGAAGAAAACUCCUAUGAGAAUGAAAGUAUUGUUUCUUGUUAAGAUUUUGUGAUUACUGAUAUAAAGAGAGUUUGUGUCGAUGAACCCACAUAGCUGGUGGCUGUACACGUGGAUAUAUAUAUAUAUAUAUGGUUGCAAGUG